GGCGGCGAAUGUGUAUUGUUGGAUCAAAAAUGACAGCGAGUCACGACCAUCUGCAGCACGCUUGGCCGCCUCCCUCCGGCGUCCCCGGUGCUGAGGCCGCCCGACCCUGACCGGUAACCGCUCCAGUUUUGUGCUCCCCCGCCAUAGCCCAUCCACCCAGCAUUCGUCGCAAUGCCAUCACUGCAUCACAUGAUCAACUCCGAGACGGUGGUCUGCUUCAGUAGUCGAAUUAUUGACGUGUCAUAACAUUGUUUGCCGAAACGGCUGUUUAGCCUGUUUAUUAAACAUGACAUUAGCUAGUGGUCUCUUGUUUAAUUAGCCGUUUAGCCUGGUAGGAUGUUUGCCAUUUUAGUGGUUAGGUGAAGUUUGCAUGUAGAAUGUUCACAGGUAACAGGGCCUCGUGCCAUUUUCCUGCUCCGAAGGAAACGAUGCUCUCUCUCUGUUCGAGGCGUGCACGACCGCCUGCGGUUGUGCUCGUGUGAAAAGUGCUGGCCGUCUCCUCGCUCCCCCUCGAUCUUGACCGCGAACUGCUGAUCGAACGGCUACUGAUCACACCAAAUGCCAGUUCAAGCUUCUCCCGCCUCUCCCCCUAGCGGAGACGGGAGGCCAAGAUGCUGCCGCCGCCGCCGUUCGCCUCCAUGGACGCCUUCUACCUCCACCUGCUCCGCUCCUGCGCAGCGCUGCCGCACGUGGCCGCCGUGCACGCCCACAUCGCUCGCGCCCACCCCGCCGCCUCCCUCUUCCUCCGCAACUCCCUCCUCUCAGCCUACUGCCGCCUCGGGGGGCCCCUUCCCGCCGCCCGCCUGCUCGACGAAAUGCCCCGCCGCAACUCUGUCUCCUUCAACCUCCUCAUCGACGCCUACUCCCGCGCCGGCCUCGCGGACCGCUCCCUGGGGACCUUCGAACGCGCGCGGGCCGCGGGGGUCAAGGCCGACCGGUUCACGUUCGCCGCGGCGCUCGCCGCGUGCUCGCGGGCGGGCGACGUGAGGACUGGAAAGGCCGUGCACGCGCUAGCCGUUCUGGAUGGUCUCGCCAAGGGGAUGCUUGUGUCCAACUCGCUCAUCAGCAUGUACGCCAGGUGCUGCGAGAUGGACGAGGCCCGACGUGUGUUUGAUGCCGCCGACGAGCAUGACGAUGUCUCGUGGAACUCGCUCCUCUCUGGGUACGUCCGGGCCGGUGCACACCAGGAGAUGCUGAAGGUGUUCACUCUGAUGUGCCGAUGCGGCAUGGGUUGGAAUUCGUUCGCGCUCGGGAGCAUCAUCAAGUGUUGUCCUUCUGGUGUUGAUAUUGCCGGGCACAUUGCAGAGGCAGUCCAUGGGUGCGUGGUGAAGACUGGGCUUGCGACUGACGUGUUUCUUGCAAGCGCAUUGAUCGACAUGUAUGCUAAGAAAGGCGCAUUGAGCAAUGCUGUUGCGCUUUUCAAGUCAGUGCAAGACCCAAAUGUGAUUGUUUUCAAUGCAAUGAUUGCAGGAUUCUGUCGGGAUGAAGCUGCAGUUGGCAAGGAAGUCACGAGAGAAGCUUUGAAUCUGUAUUCAGAGCUGCUGAGCCGAGGGAUGGAACCUACUGAGUUCACAUUCUCGAGUGUUGUACGGGCAUGUAACUUGGCUGGUGAAUUUGAAUUUGGGAAACAAUUACAUGGUCAAGUGCUCAAACACAGUCUCCAAGGCGAUGACUAUAUCGGCAGUGCACUCAUCGACUUGUACUCCAACUCUGGUUGCACGGAAGAUGGGUACAGGUGCUUCAGAUCUCUUUAUAAGCAAGACAUUGUCACCUGGACAUCAAUGAUUUCAGGGUUUGUUCAGAACGAGCUUUUCGAGAAGGCACUGAGAUUGUUCCAAGAAUUAUUAUGUUAUGGAUUGAAACCUGAUCUUUUCACCAUAUCGAGCGUGAUGAAUGCAUGUGCCAGUUUGGCUGUUGCAAGGACUGGUGAGCAGAUCCAGUGCCUUGCCACGAAAUCAGGUUUUAACCGGUUCACUGUCAUGGGGAAUUCCUGCAUACAUAUGUAUGCUAGGUCAGGGGAUGUUGAUGCUGCAACUCUGAGGUUUAAGGAAAUGGAAUCACGUGAUGUUGUCUCUUGGUCCGCAGUGAUAUCAAGCCAUGCUCAGCAUGGUUGUGCAAAGGAUGCUUUAUGCAUUUUCAAUGAAAUGAUGGAUGCAAAGGUUGUGCCUAAUGAGAUUACUUUUCUUGGUGUCCUUACUGCAUGUAGUCAUGGAGGACUGGUUGAUGAGGGACUCAGGUAUUAUGAAAUUAUGAAUAAGGAAUAUGGGCUGGCCCCAACCAUAAAGCAUUGUACUUGUGUUGUUGAUCUCCUUGGACGGGCUGGGAGGCUAGGUGAUGCUGAGGCUUUUAUAAGGGAUUCAGUCUUCCUCGAUGACCCUGUCAUUUGGCGGUCUCUGUUGGCCUCAUGUCGUAUCCAUGGAGACAUGGAGAGAGGUCAACUUGCUGCAGAUCGGAUAAUGGAGCUGGAACCCACCACCUCGGCAUCAUAUGUAAUUCUUUACAACAUGUACCUGGAUGCUGGGGAGCUUUCCCUAGCUUCAAAAACUAGAGAUCUGAUGAAAGAGCGAGGUGUAAAGAAAGAACCUGGUCUUAGCUGGAUUGAACUGAAGUCUGGAGUUCACUCUUUUGUUGCUGGUGACAAGUCCCAUCCAGAGAGCAAUGCAAUAUACGAAAAACUGUCAGAGAUGCUUUCCAAGAUAGAAAAGCUUGGAAGCACUGGUAAUGCUAGCACAGAGUCAACUGGCAUCUCUGGCAGGGAACAAAAUUUAGUGGGUUGCCACAGUGAGAAACUAGCUGUGGCAUUUGGAAUGAUUCAUUUACCACAAUCAGCUCCGGUUCGAGUAAUGAAGAACCUGAGAGUUUGCCGCGAAUGCCACUCAACUAUGAAACUAAUAUCCAGGAGUGAGAAUAGAGAAAUAAUUUUGAGAGAUGCAAUUCGAUUCCAUCACUUCAGAGGCGGAGCUUGUUCCUGUGGUGAUUACUGGUGAUGACUUAAUCUAGGUUUUGAGUCCAGGAAGGUAGAUAUGACACUUGCUGUACAUUACAUGGUGCCAUAGCAUGAAAGGAAAGACCUGUGUGCUGAUGAAAUAUUUCAAUUUUCACAUGAUAUCUUAAAGUAUAGCAGUUUAUGCAUUGGACACCUGUGAGUGCACGUACACGGAGCCUUUGUCCUGUUUUCUAUAUAGGUGUGAUGAAGUAGUUGAUAUGUGCUCCAAUCUUGAGUUCUUCCCUGAUGUAGUGUGCUUCGAGGGUGAUGAUCAGUGUUGGCUUACUGGAGCGUGCUAUGUAAAGGCGAAUGAUAUCUUUCAGUUU